GCGGAGUCGCAGUCAGCUUGGCGUUGGUUCCGAGAGGGCGCGGGGCUUCGAGUGGCCGCCGGCGCGCGGCAGGCUGGCCCGAGGCCGGGCAGCGGGGCCUCCGCCAUGCCCGGGAUGGUGCUCUUCGGUCGGCGCUGGGCCAUCGCCAGUGACGACCUGGUCUUCCCGGGGUUCUUCGAGCUGUCCCUGCGAGUGGUGUGGUGGAUUGGCAUUUUGACUUUGUACCUCCUGCACAGAGGCAAGCUGGACUGUGCUGGCGGUGUCCUCCUCAGCAGUUACUUGAUUGUUCUUAUUGUCCUCCUAGCAGUUAUAAUAUGUACCCUGACAGCCAUCGUAUGUGUCAGCAUGAAAGGAACCAUUUGUAACCCUGGACCACGGAAAUCCAUGGCUAAGCUGCUUUACAUCCGCCUGGCGCUCUUUCUGCCAGAGAUGGGCUGGGCUUCUCUGGGGGCCGCCUGGAUAGCAGACGACAUUCAGUGUGACAAGACGGUUGUGAAUGGCAUCAUUGCCACUGUCGUUGUCAGCUGGAUUAUCAUUGUCUCCACUGUGGUUACCAUUAUCGUCGUCUUUGACCCACUAGGGGGGAAGAUGGCUCCGUAUUCCUCUGCUGGCCCCAACCACCUGGACAGUCAUGAGUCGAGCCAGCUACUUAACGGCCUCAAGACAGCAGCUACCAGCGUGUGGGAGACCAGGAUCAAGUUACUGUGCUGCUGCGUCGGGAAAGAUGACCAUACUCGAGUUGCUUUUUCGAGUACGGCAGAGCUUUUCUCAACCUACUUUUCAGACACAGAUCUGGUGCCCAGCGACAUUGCGGCGGGCCUCACCCUUCUCCAUCAGCAACAGGACAACAUCAGGAACAGCCAGGAGCCUGAUGAGGUCAUCAGCCAUUCCCCAGGCCCCCCCCAGGAAGCUGAUUUAGAUGCAGAGUUAGAAAAUUGCCAUCAUUACAUGCAGUUUGCAGCAGCCGCCUACGGGUGGCCCCUGUACAUUUAUCGGAACCCCUUCACAGGGCUGUGCAAGAUCGGUGGGGACUGUUGUAGAACCAGGACGGCAGAAUAUGACUUGGUUGGAGGUGAUCAGCUCAGCUGCCAUUUUGGCUCCAUCCUGCAGACGACAGGGCUACAGUACAGGGACUUCAUUCACAUAAGCUUUCAUGACAAGGUCUACGAGCUUCCCUUUCUAGUGGCUCUGGACCACAGGAAGGAGUCCGUCGUGGUGGCAGUGAGAGGAACCAUGUCUCUCCAGGACAUCCUCACGGACCUGUCAGCGGAGAGCGAGGACCUGAACUUGGAGUGUGGGGUGCAAGACUGUUCAGCGCACAAGGGGAUUUCUCAAGCCGCCAGAUAUGUGUACCAGCGCCUCAUCAACGAUGGGAUCUUGAGCCAAGCGUUCAGCAUUGCUCCCGAAUACCGGCUAGUGGUCGUGGGACACAGCCUGGGGGCCGGCGCCGCGGCCCUGCUGGCCAUCAUGCUCAGGAGCUCGUACCCUCAACUCCGGUGCUACGCCUUCUCCCCGCCCCGGGGGUUGCUGAGCAAAUCCCUUUAUGAACACUCCAAGAACUUCACCGUGUCGCUUGUGCUAGGCAAGGAUAUCAUCCCCAGGUUAAGUGUGACCAACUUGGAAGAUUUGAAGAAGAGAAUCUUGCGAGUGAUCGCGCACUGUAACAAGCCCAAGUACAAGAUCCUGCUGCGCGGGUGCUGGUAUGAGCUGUUCGGAGGCGACCCUGACAACCUUCCAACAGAGCUGGACGGGGGCGCCCAGGGACACCUGACGCAGCCGCUUCUGGGGGAGCAGAGCCUGCUGACGCACGGGUCCCCGACAUACAGCUUCUCCAGCGACUCCCCCCUGGAGUCCCCCGCCAAGUACCCCCAUCUCUACCCUCCCGGCAGGAUCAUCCACCUGGAGGAAGAAGGCACCUCAGGGAGGUUUUGCCGCGCCGCCGCUCGGUACAGUGCGAGGUGGGCACACGAAUCACAGUUCAGCAAAAUACUCAUCGGCCCGAAGAUGUUAACGGACCACAUGCCCGACGUCCUGAUGAAAGCCUUGGACAGCGUGGUGUCCGACAGGGCCGCGUACGUUUUCUGUCCCCCCGGAGGUGGCUCCAACGUGGACGUGGUGAGUCUGAACCCGACAGACUGGAUUUUCCUGGCUACACAAUCUUAGUGCAUCACUGUAAGGGUACGGAUGGGUCUUCUCCUGGGUGGCGCUAAGGGUCAGCCCCGAGGUCAGGCUGGGAACUGGGGCCACUGCUCCUCGGCGCUCCAGCCUCAACAUCAAGCUGCUUUAUUUUCACCUAUUACUUUGGCUUUUGGACGUCAGCCAGUGGAUUCCGAGGGAGUUUAUAAUAAAGCACUUACACGUGUCGUUCGUGUCUGUACAGUGACAUACUCUUCCCCUGGAUGUUUGCGGGAAGGCCUGUUUUACUGGCUAGUUUUACAGCAAUCGCGUUUGAAAAGCUUUCUGUCUGAACAAAAAUGAAGUCUUCUUGGAUAGUUUUUUUCUUGGAGCUCUGGGCUAAAGACUGAGAUUGCAAAGACAUCUGAUUUAACCCCACCGAAGCGCUAGGAAAUGACGGUAAAUUGGUCUCUUUAAAAAGCAUAAAUACACCAGGAUGGGGAGAGAAGAGAAAGAACAAAUGGUUGAUUGGAGGAAAACAGGAUCUUACGUGGAGGAGGAAAGACCAGAACUGCCCUGGUUUACAGCUCAGAUUCCCCAGGCACCUGGGACAGAGCGCGGCACAGGACUAGUCAGGUGAGCUGGUCUGCCAGAAAGCUGGAAGAAAUCUGGCCCUUGGUUCGCAAUGGGGUGGAGGGGGCCCCGGACAGCAGCGCACUUGAAGGCAAGGGGAUGAGGUCUCUCAGCUUCUCACCCUUGUAUGCCAGAACCUUCAUGAAGAUUCUCCAAGUUAUCUGACCUCUAGAGACCCUUCCCUCAGGGCCUUUGAGCUGUCACAGCCAUUAACGCCUUAGGUUCCACAAACCUGCAAAGGCCCAUUUAGAAAACUCCAGUUGAGAUGCCACGGUAAUGUCCAGUUGCUGUGAGUUUGGGUUCUAGACACAGUUCCUGUAGUUCCUGUACACUCGGGGCAGAAAGCUGACAGAUCUAAGACGCCCGUGGACGCCACCUGUGGGCUUGUUUCCAAUCUGCUUUGUAAAGGCUGUCGACCUUUAAGCCCGAGGCCAAGGACCACCAGGCACGUGAGCGACAAGCAACCAGGAGAAACUUCCAGCUACCCCCACCACAACUUGCGGACAGAGAAGACAGAUCCCGAGACUGAAAAAGUGGCAGAUAAUGAGAAAGAACACCUGAAAUUUAAAGGAAAAAAGAUGAACUCCAAAGCAGCCAGGCGGCGGCCACCUGCAGAAGGGCAGGCAGGACAGAGGGGGAAGUACAAGGGACAGCAGCCGCACAGGGUGUGCAAGGCGGGAAGACAUCCCACACAACUGCAGUGGCCAAGACGUGAGAGCACGGGUUCCCCACAUGCUUCUUUCUCAGGAAACACCCGGAGAAUGUGUUCAGCAAGAGGAAGCAAGUUAAGAGACAAGGAGCCGGGGGCACCGGCUGGCUCGGUAGGUAGAGCAGUGCCUCCUGAUCUUGGGGUCGGAGUCUGAGCCCCACGUUGGAGGUAGAGAUUACUAAAAAA